CACUUGUUGUCAUAGCUCAGACAUGACUGGACUUAACGCUCUGAAGAUGGAUGCAAACAUUGUUGUGUUGGGGACCGAUAAUGUUGGAAAAUCUGCAGUGACAGUACGUUUCCUAACACGGAGAUUCAUAGGAGAAUACGGGGACAUUGAAACUAUUUACAGUCAUAGUUUCAGCGUGGAUGGAAGAGAAUUGACCCUCAGUAUCUGGGAUUCACCUUAUUCUCAGCAGGACAUUUCCACCAGUUCCUCCUUGUGUGAGAAGAGACUGCAGUGGGCAGAUGGCUUCGUGCUGGUGUACAGCAUCUGCGACAGGGCCAGUUUCAACAUGGUGACUCGGCUCAUCCAGAGCAUCAAGGCCACCAAGGAAUACAUGGGGCUGGAGAAGGUGCCCAUCGCCAUCGUGGGUAACAAGCGGGACCUUCACCACCGCCGCACGGUCCUUAGCGAAGAGGGCCGGCUGUUGGCCCUGGCCUCGGGCUGCCAGUUCUUCGAGGUGUCGGCCGCCGAAAACUACCACAGCGUGAUCAUGGUGUUCCACGGGCUGGUGGACCGCAUCAGAGAGUCGCGCUCCGUCAUCAAGAAGCCCGCCGGCAUCAAGGGCAUCGUGAAGAGCAUGUCGGCCGUGUUUGCCAGGAGGCGCACCGACUCGCUGUGAGAUUAGCCGGGGGGAAUCAGUGGGGGAAACUGGAUCAUUUAGGAGGGAGUGUUUGAUACGCUCAACUGUUUUACAAGCCCAGAGGGAAACCAGAGGGGUCUCUGAUGUGCUGGGGAGUACAAGGCCCUGAUCCCAGGCCAUGUUUCCAGUGCUUAAGCUGUUUAGUGGAGGAUGGCUGUAGGGUAGCCUAGCAUGAGAGGAUGAGCAUUGCUCCCAUGCUGUCAGUCACAGAUGAAGCUGCGAGGAUGAGGGUGUAAGCCAUUGGGAUGGAGGUGAAACUGGGGUAGCCAUAGGGAACACAUUGAAACUCACUGCUUGAGAAGAGGCGAGAAAUCCAUGGACUGUCUAACUUAGUGUCCUUAUUUCCAUUGUUCAUUGAGGCAAAAAGUUGCCUUCGUGGCAUGUUGAAAUUCUAUAUUAAAAGUUUAAUCCCAAAAUGAUAUUAUGUAGGCAAAGAUGUUUGAAUGGAACAUUUAUCACAGCCUCUCAGCUCUCACCUCUGAGGUCCUUAAAUAGUUCAGAGACAGCGUUGUCCCGUGAUUCUGAUACAAGUAUGGAAAAAAAAAACGUAUCAGCUUUCCAAGGUUGUGUGAAGAAUUCAAUCUAUUCCAGUCAGUUAUCAUCAGAAACAGCACUGUAAGCUUCUUUGGUGCUUGGCUAGUGGUAGCAUUUCAUUCUGUAAUAUUACCUUCCAUAUGCAUUGAUUUUUAAUUCAGGUAAGCACUUUUCUAUUUUAGCUGGCUUUGAGGAGAUGGUCAACUGAAAAUGUAAGUCAAUUAUAUUUAUUGGCCAGUGUACACAUAUAAUAGGAGAUUAAUACAUGAUUAGUCUGUAAAUAUAUAAAAAACUGUAAAGGUGUGCACAUAAUGUUCCUGUUGUGAAGUUUGAAAUGAAAUGUUUAAUAAAGUGGCUCUGCCUUUGUACAGAAAUGA